CUUACAUCCGCCAGGACUCCGUCACUUCCUGCGGAUGACAUCACUUCCCUUAGAAGGUGUAGUUGCCAGAACACCAGCGUGGUUGGAUUACUGAUGCUCCCAGUGACCCGGAUGUGAAACAGUUCUAUCACCCAUUAAACCUUUAGAAGCUGCUUGGCCCUGCGAAGCGUCAGCAUGUUUAAAAAGUGAGUGAAUCAGUGACCUGUCUCAUACUCCAUAACAUGCAGGGGCCAUGGCCCAUUGUGCUGCAGUGACCUCAGUACAUGGGGGUUGUGUGUGUGUAUAAGGAUAGAUUCUGGUACACCCCAUGUGUUUCUAUGGAGAUUAAUUCCCAUGUACAGAUAGACCCCAUUGGCAAUGCUUUAUAUGUAUAAUGCACAAUGAGCUUGUAACAUUUGGCUAUUGUGCACAGCAUGGUCUAUGGGUAAUUCACCUCCAGGUGAUUGAAGCAUGGGUGCUUUGUAGCAUUUCUUCUGUCUCCCCCACUCUUGCUCUGUGGGUAAAAUGCCUUUUUAGAGCAUAAUAUACAACUCAGUUGGUUUUAAGGUUCACUGUAGCAUUUAUAAUGAUGUCAGUCCAGGAAAUGGUUUGUUAUGGUCCUAGGUAAGUUACCUGAUAUGGCAUUUUACUGGAAGGUAUGUAUUAAUUAUAAAAUAGUGCAGUCAUGUCUCAAAAAUCAUAACAUUGAGAACUGCAAACAUCUUAUUCCAGACAUAAGUUUGUACAACUCCCCCUGUUCUAUACCCUCAGUAUCAGGCAUGUCAAACCACAAUGGACCUUACCUAAAGGGACACAAUAGGCAAGUAGAUCACUUCCUUUCAUUGAAGUGGUUUGGGUGCAGUGUCCCAGGUCCCUUAACACUCCAGUGGUGAUUAUUGCAGUAUUUGAUAAAGUGCAUUAAUUACCAGCCAGGGUUAACUCCACUUCUAGGGGCUGACUAUCUAUAGUGGUUGUAUACAAUUUAUAUGGUUAUUUACCAAUUUUAUAACUGUUGGGUAUUCAAAAUGAAUUUAGGCAAAAGUAGCUGUAUUGGAAAAAAUCUCCUAGUCAGUCACGCUUCCAUUUUGUCCCUGAAUUAAAAUGCACUUUGAAUUCCUUAAAUUGCUUGUUUUAGUAAAUAAGCUGAUAUUCCUUUAGAACCAGCACUGGUCCCCAUUUCAGGAUUUACAAGAUGAUGUAGCCUUGUAGUAAUUAUAUUUUAAGAAUAAAAAAUUUUCAUAUCUAAACACACAAUAAUGCAUCGCAUUAUUUAGUAAAAUACAUUUGUUGGUACGUAUAUUUUAUCUCAAGGUCAGUGAAAUAGUUAAAAACCUUCAUGAUCAAUUAUUUCUUAAGAAUAAACGUUGAAUUAUUAUUUUUUAUCAUGGAAAGUAGAGUUUAAAAAUAUGUUCAACACUGAGCGUAGCUUAUAUUGAGGUCCAAAAGCACAAAACAGGGGUUAUUUAUAAUUCUACAGGAAGGGGGAGCGAAUGGGCUAUACAUAUUGUCUUUUGCUCUCACCAGAUCUGAACAAGAAAAUCACAAUGUCUGUUUUUACAUAGUGACAUGCUGUUUUUCUAGUGCCACACAGAACUUUCCUCUGUAAAUCAUUUUUUUUUUUUUCUGCAGAUUUGAUGAGAAAGAAAAUGUUUCCAACUGCAUUCAGUUAAAGACAUCUGUGAUAAAAGGCAUAAAAAAUCAGCUGAAUGAACAGUUUCCUGGGAUAGAUCAAUGGCUUAACCAGAUAAUGCCAAAAAAGGACCCAGUUAAGAUUGUAAGAUGGUAAGUGUCUAAGGGAAAACACUCUAACUGUACUACAUCUAGCCAGCCUUUACAACAACUGGAUCAAGAAGAAAGUCUCAGCUUUUAUAGGCCAUCACGGAUUGUGAUGCAACAUAAACAUUAUCAGAUUCCAUGUGUAACUAAAACAGUUUAAAUCCAGCUUGCGUUUCGGGGGUUCAGGGGAAGGAAGAACAAGAGCGAAAGAGAGGGGGUUUCUAUAUGUCCCUGCAUUCCUGGAUAUAUAAAGGGGCGGGUGGGGGGGACCUGCAAAGAACCGAUGUAGUAUUGGCCUGUAAAGAGCCGAUAUAGUAAAUGGGUGUGAGGAGAAGAGAGAGAAAAUAAAGGAGGGAAGGGAUAAGGUAGUGCAAGCCGAGGCUUCUAAUAUCAAGAAACUGAAACCAAGAACCAAUAUGUACAAGUUCAACAAUAGUUUUAGGACAUAGGUGUUAGUGGCAUUGGAGUCAGAGGGACCGAACUAGUCAGCUCCCUCGAGCCAUGGUGCUGUAACUAUUACACUCUGGUCAGGUGGGAAGCGCUGCCUAAUCACUCCAGACUACAAAAGAGUGGACCAAGGCGGCAAACCAAAUAUUCAGGACACGGUUUGCGGCCUUGAGGAAGUUAGAUAAAACUUUCACGUAGAGGAGACCCCACAGUGCCCCUCCGACUCCCUCUACUCUGAAGUUGUAUGGCCACAGGGCAAUAAAUACAUGACAAACCUCUAUACAUCCUCAAAGGGUCGUUGUAGAGGAAGUCCGCCACUUCCCACUGCUCCCUCCAGCUCUGAGCUUCCGAUGAGACUAUGGUGACCAGUCUGAAACCUGUUGUAGCAGAGCUCCUGGUACCCCAGAUGGGUACCUCUACCAAGAAUCGCUUCCUAGCUGGAGCAGGGGAAAACCUCAGUCGCCGUGGCUUGACUGGAUAUCCUCCUGGAGCCUCUCUGUCCUGCAAACAGGAUAGGGGACUAGCUCUAUUCCCUCCCAGGGACUGGAAGACAGACAGUACUGUCAGCUGAAGUCCUUACAAGGACUUUCCCCGCUGAAUCCUCCACAAGAUGGAGCAAGGGGCUGAGCAGUGAUUAGCCCUUUCUCCUCCCGGUAACUAGACGACCUGUAGUUCUGGGAGUACAACUGAUUUUAAUGAGCCAAACUCUGCCUUUUAUGCACAGACCCCAGCAUGGGGUCCCCAUUGUAUUCAACACAAGCCCGUCCCAGGAAUCUCUGGGCCUGGAAGAUAAUUGAGUUAAAGACUGGUAAUCUAAUUAUCUCCCAGGAACAGAGGGCCAAACACAAACAUAUAAGUACCCCAAAACAUAACAUACAAUAACCCCACAUAUAAUACAUCCCCAAAUAGCCCUGAUCUGAGCGCCCAAGUUGUCCAAAUAGCCCUCAGAUACAUGCAGUGUAGGGGAAACGCCACCAUGUUAAAGUUCUGACUGGCCGCACACGUGUUCCUAUGCCAAAAAUAGUUCCAGGGCGUUUGGUGCUUUUGACAGUCAACGUUUUGGAGCUCCUGCGUCCGAAAUACGGGGUGCUCCGCUCCGGCUCUCAGGUAGCAUUUGUUCCCCUUAAACUCAGGCACCUUCCCUCCAAAAAGCGCUCUUCUGGCGGGUUGCAAAGUGGUCCAAAACCCCGGACCAAGUUGUCCUGGAACCGAACGGUCACAUCAUGCCGUAAACUGUUCCAUAACAUUCGCGGCUAAGUCCCGCUGAGGUGACUGGAAACCUACGAAGUCCUCAUGCCGAAAUUAGUUCCAUAGUGGUCGCGGUUAAGUUCCGCUGAUGACCAUUUGUGGGUUUGAUUCAUGCGAAUGGCCGCCAGGGAGCUAGCAUUCAGUUCCAUUUGAAUGAAGGUAAAGUGCUGAACCAGGGGCACUCAGGGAAAACUGCUAAUGGUGGCUGGGCGGGGUCUCAGACUUGGACCUUAGUCGUGGGCAGGAGGCCGGCUUCCACACUUCCCCAGCAAACGUUUGUUGGAAGGAGCAUUUGUCACACAAGUAACAUGUGUGAACCUUCCCUCCCCCCCUCCCAAAUAACCCCCAAAAAACACAUUUACAUUUAUCUUUAGUCCAGCCUUGAAACAACCUCCCAUUCUAAGGCUGAUCUGUCCCCUCAAAUGUAAUCAAGCUACUUCCCAUAUCUUGAUGAUCAUUGUCCAAUCAAAUGCUUUUUAUUAGUAGUUGGGACAUAUGGCACAUCAGCUGUUACCUCUGAUGUUACCAAUACUUAUCUCUUGGGAAACAAUUAAUCAGGCAGCAAGGCACACGGUCAUUACUCAGAUAAGUGCUGGCAAGGGACUUUACUGCUAAGUGAUGGGGCCAAGAAUAGUACUAAUCAUCAUAGACUGUACGGCCAUUUGUUAACAUUAUCUAUACUUUGACUUGUUUCUGAUUUAACAGCCAUGAACAUAUAGAAAUAUUAACAGUAAAUGGAGAGCUGCUAUUCUUCAGGCAAAGGGAGGGACCAUUCUAUCCAACACUGAGAUUACUACACAAAUGUAAGUAUUGACUGCAAAAUAAAAAUGUGAAUUGAAACAUGCAUACUUUGAUUUUUUUACUAUUAAAAUAUUUGCUUCAUCUUUAGAAAAUAUUUGAAGCAAAGCUGUCUCAUAUCCGAUAACUGUGAUCACUACAUCGUCAGUACCUAAUGUGACAAAAGCGUAACAUUCAUUAGAACAGUUUUUUUCAGGGAUAUCAGAGCUGCAGUAGUUCAGGCUAUCCCUGCUGCUCUUGAAUCUGCUCAGUUGAUGAUUGUUGUCAAAAAGAGGAAAAGGGCAAGGUCUCUUCCUGAUUUUUUUUUUUUUUUUCCUGAUCAGAUUUUUAUAUUUUUUAAAUACAAAUUUACAUUCUUCAGCUAACUGUUAGUUGGCUACCAAGCUGUUUAAUAACCUCAGAUGUGAAAGUUCAAAUGUUUAGGCAUUUCUAUUAGUUUGUGUGUAAUUCACCCAGAGUUGUGAAUUCCAUUGUCAUAAGGUUAAAAUAAUUAAAUUGGUUUUCUGCUCCAAUUAACGGUAUCAAACGAUUAAAGCAACAUGUAUAUUUUUCUUAUCUGUUUUUUUUGCUUUUUCUUGUUGUCUUAUUGUGCAUCUUGUUGAAAAUUUUGAGUUAGAAAUGGCUUCAGUUAUGCUAUAGACUUUAAAACUAUUAACAGAAACGUAUCAGCUGUUAGGCAUUUAAAAUGUUUAUUGAUAUAUGUUAAUACAUUAAUACAAUCCUUUUUCAUCUUUUACAGUUCCCUUUAUUCUUCCACAUCAACAAGUUGAUAAAGGAGCAAUUAAAUUUGUUCUCAGCGGAGCUAACAUUAUGUGCCCGGGCCUCACAUCUCCAGGAGCCAAGCUUUACACUGCAGCAGCUGAUACGGUUGUUGUAUCCUUAUUUUUGAGCAAACGUUUGUAUUGGCACUUAAACAGUGAACAAACUUAGACUGAUUCCUUUCUACUGUUGUUUAAGGGAUAUCUAGUUGGUGGCAAUAUCGGUAUACCAACUGGGAAUGUUGUGUCUAGGUAUUUAUUCACUGUCCCAAAACAAAGUACUAUGAGGUGACUCUCCUGGGAGAAUUUACCAUCUUUACCUUUUGAUCUAAUGCACUCACGUGAAUGGUUUUCAUUAUUCUAUUUCUGGAAUCAGAAAGGAAGUGCAUGAUUUGCUGUGCUCUCUCCCACUUGAAGAAAACCUCUGUGCUAAAUGCAUUUGUAUUCAUAGCAUUACAAAGAUGACCAAAAAAAGAUUAAAAUUUGUACAAAUAUUUUGUACGUCCUGGAAAUGUAUAUUUAAUUUGCUGCAGAACUGGCCUUUGCAGCAAAUUAAAGGAACACUAAAGCAUUGGGAAUAUAAACCGGUAUUUAUAGCGUUCUAUUGUCCCUGUCCCUAGUUUUAUAGGUCAAUCCACCGUGUGUGUCUCAUUAAAGGGACACUCCAGGCACCCAGACCACUUCUGCCCUUUGGAGUGGUCUGGAUGCCAACUCCCACUACUCUUAACCCUGCAAGUGUAAUUAUUGCAGUUUUCAUAAACUGCAAUAUUUACCUUGCAGGGUUAACUCCUCCUCUAGUGGCUGUCUACUAGACAGCCACUAGAGGGAACUUCCAUGUGUGUAGCGCCUCUGGACGUACUCCUGCUAUGUGAGGACCUCCAGCAUCGCUGAAAUCCCCAUAGGAAAGCAAUGAAAGCAUUUUUCAAUGCUUUCCUAUGGGGAGGUCUAAUGCGCGUGCACGGCAUUGCUGCACAUCUGCAUUAGGUCUCCCCUGCCGGCAGCCGCGCAUGCGCAAUAGGUCUCCCCUGUCGGAUGACGAAGGCGGGGGAGGAGUGUGGGCGGACCCUGAACCAGCGCCGAGGGACUUCAGCAACUUGGGAUGGGGGGUGGGAGAGAGAGGGGACCUGCAGUGCCAGAAAAACGGUUUGUUUUCCUGGCACUGGAGAGUCCCUUUAAGAUAUUUUUAGAAAGCUUUUUUACUUUUUCACCCAUUUUUCAGUGCCAAUGCUCCAUUUGCGCUGCUCUCUUCUCCAGGAAAGUAAUGGAACAGGCAUGGUCUCAGGUGUGGUCCAAUCCAUUGCUUCUCAUAGAGUGCUGCGUGCAUAUCCAAUCUUCUACUCAAUCAGUGUAGCAGAAACAUCUCCAUUGACUGUUAUACUCUUCAAGGUAAAUAUGGCUGUUUCUGCAGUAUCUGCAUGGUUCAGUUGACAGAAACAUUAGAGGUUAGAGAGGUAAAUUGCCUGAAAGCCAGGCAACAUUAUCUUUGACACUAUGGUUAAACUUACACAGCAUGCAAAAGUUGUACAUACAUGAUAAUGCCAGGAAGAAAGAGAGCUUUCCAGGCCCACCCAUAGCAAAAAAGGUAUGUAUGUUUGGUAUGGAAUAUUUAAAAAAAGAAUAAAUGCGGAACAUUGUCAUUACACCAUAACCACUUCAAUAAGAUGAAGAGGUUAUGUUGCUUAAAGGGAUACUUUUUAAUAAAAGAAAAACAUCAAAGCAUAAUGUUUACUUAAAGCUUUGUUAUUCUCUUCUGGAGUCUUAGCAUUUUGCCGAGAAGAAAGGGGAAGUGUUAGAAAAAUGUAUUAUAGUAACGCAAAAAAAGUUUUUUAUAUAUAUAUAUUUAUUUUUUUUUAUUAUUUUUUUUUCUGGUAUGGUCUUUCCCCGAUGUUUUGUUGCUCAUAACUUUCUAAAUCCUAAAUUACCCUUUUUACGUAAACCGUCCUAUGAGAUUGUUCAGUUGGCUAGAGCUUCGGCUUUAGAAUGUGUAUAGCUACACAACUGAAUUCUAAAUCAGCUGCCAGUUAAAUUCAGUCUUCAUUCUUCUGAUGGUUAUAAAGUAAUAUAGAUAUCCAAUGAAAGCACAAAUACCUGGAAUGCACAAAUUUGAUAUUUAAAAUUGUUCCGUGUGCUCAUCUUUUCCUUAACUAUAACAUUAAGGCUAUAAUGGCAGAAGGAAAGCAGCAUGCCCUGUGUGUUGGUGUUAUGAAGAUGUCUGCAGAUGAUAUGUAAGUCUAUAAGCAACAGCGACUGUUUAUGUUCCUAAACGAUUCCAUGUUUGGAUGGUGUUACCAAUCUACACAUUAUAGCAGGAAGUGCUGCAGGCAAGUUCUUCUUUUGCAGCAAAAUUCCAAACUUUGGACUUGAUAAAUUUCAUAUGGAAAAACGUUUCCCUGCGUAGCUGUUGAGAAAUCAGAUUCAUUGCAAACUGUGAAGUGGUCCCUUUGCCUAUGUGUAAUUCUGAUGGUGCUCUGCUAUCACAUUGCAGUUGGUUUCAUCAAUUUUCUGCCCCAAACAUACAAUGCAGAAUGUUUGCACCUUGUAGAUGGGAAGAGGGUGUUUGUAAAUUCUACACAAAUAAGAGCAUUUUUGUUUGGGGUUAUAUCUAAACACAGUUUGCAAAAGCUGCCGUUCCCUUCUCUGCAGCCUUUGCAAGCCAGCCCCAUCUAAACCCAGGCGUUCUGUGGCCGUCCAAUAACAGACAUCCCAAUGCAGCUCAAAGAGAAGGCAGAUGCCCUGGGCUAUUGGCUACCUCUUGAGUUUAGUUAUCUGUUCAGGGAAGACAAUAGAGUGUCUGUUUUCAAACCCUGUCCGAAGGUGCAUGUAUAUGUCUGAAGGAUUCUGUCGUAAACAAAAGCUUGGGGUGAGUUUUCUCUUUUUAUUUUUCUUUAAACAUACUUUAUUUCUUUUUCAAUACUUGAUGAAAGGAUUAUAUUAAAAUGUAUUUAAGUGACAGUUGUCCUUUAAUACUAAAUCAUCUAAAAGCCCUUUAUUAUAGCUACCUUUUAAUUCUUUGUAUACCCAUGUUUAUACUAUGAAUAUGGUGUUAAAUGCCUAUAUUUACAUAUUGAGAGGUUUGUGAUUAGGCAUCUGUAAGCUAUUGUAUUUGGAAGAAUAUUUCUCAGUUUGUAAGUUGAUUAAGUAAAUAUAAUUUUUUUUAUUCUCCACCAGUACAAAAGUCAAUAAAGGAAUCGGCAUUGAAAAUAUUCACUAUUUAAAUGAUGGCUUGUGGCACAUGAAGACUUACAAAUGAAGCUCUUGGAACAAAUGCAGAUUGCUUGAAAAAAUGUUUUUAUUGAUGUUAUUGAAUGUAAAACACAUUUUGUGCUGUAAUUCUGCUUAAUAAAAUAAUUAUGUUAAAAAUGUUGUGAUUCAUACAAACAGUGCAUUGAUACUCUAAUAGUUUGUAGAUCGGGAAGCAAUCUUUUAAAUGUGAACUAUUAAUACAAUUAUUUGAUUUGUUUUAGUAUAUAUUAAACUAGGCUUUCCAGAUGUUGUGGAUUACAUCUCUCCUGAUGCUUUGC